GUUUUGUUCACUCAUUUCCUGGCAUUCUCGAUUUACAUCACUUCUGUUCGCUGUGUUCGACAAUCCGACUCGGUCCAUCUCGCGCAAACCGCCCGAGCCAGCGACUGAAAUGGCACGGGCAUUAAUCGAGCUCGUCAUCGCCGUCGGCUUCAUCACCUCCGUCCUCUCUCUCACCCAAUCAUCUCCUUCCACAUCACUCCUCCUCUACGAGGGGCCCCGCCCCGCCAUGCUAUUACCGCUCUUUCACACUCCUCCGAAUACUACUUCCAGAAGCUCCUCCAAUUCCCGUCGACUUCUCCAGAGAUCCAACGCUCGCAUGAGACUCUACGACGAUCUCCUUCACGGGUACUACACGACGUUGUUGUGGAUCGGGACGCCACCUCAGAGAUUCGCUCUUAUUGUAGAUACGGGGAGCUCUGUCACGUACGUCCCCUGCUCUACUUGCGAAGAUUGUGGCAGGCACCAGGAUCCGAAGUUCCAGCCAGACUUGUCGAGCACCUACCAACCUGUGAAAUGCAGUUUGGAUUGUAAUUGCAACAGUGAGAGUGGGCAAUGCGUGUAUGAAAGGCAAUAUGCUGAGAUGAGUACCAGCAGUGGUGUUCUUGGUGAGGAUCUUAUAUCCUUUGGUGAUUUGAGUGAGCUUGAGCCACAGCGUGCUGUUUUUGGUUGCGAGAACAUGGAAACUGGUGACCUUUAUAGUCAACGUGCCGACGGAAUCAUGGGGUUAGGCAGUGGUGAUCUCAGUAUCAUGGACCAACUUGUUGACAAAGGUGUCAUUAAUGAUUCAUUCUCAUUAUGCUAUGGUGGGAUGGGUGUUGGCGGGGGUGCUAUGGUUCUUGGUGGUAUUUCUCCACCAACAGACAUGGUGUUUGCCCACUCAAACCCUGUUCGAAGUCCAUACUACAAUAUUGAUUUGAAGGAGAUACAUGUUGCGGGAAAGCCAUUGCCGUUAAACCCAAAUGUCUUUGAUGGAAAGCAUGGAACUGUCAUGGAUAGUGGUACAACAUAUGCUUACUUGCCUGAAGCGGCAUUUGUAGCAUUUAAAGAUGCUAUUAUGAAGGAACUUCAUUCCUUCCAGAAGAUCCGUGGUCCUGAUCCAAAUUAUAAUGAUAUAUGUUUUUCUGGUGCUGGAAGUGAUGUCUCUGAACUAUCGAAAACCUUUCCAGCUGUUGACAUGGUAUUUAGCAAUGGGCAAAAGCUGUCACUAUCACCUGAAAAUUACUUGUUUCGCCAUUCAAAGGUAAAUGGUGCAUAUUGCCUGGGGAUUUUUCAUAAUGGAAAUGAUCCAACUACUCUUUUAGGAGGUAUCAUUGUCCGCAAUACUCUUGUGAUGUAUGAUCGUCAGCAUUCAAAAAUUGGUUUCUGGAAAACUAAUUGUUCAGAGCUAUGGGAAAGGCUUCACAUAUCUGGGGAAACUCCAAAUAGAGAGAAUUCAACUGCAAAAAUUCCACCUACAUUGGCUCCUGCUGAAGCACCUCUUUAUGGGCUUCCAAGGGAACUCCCAAUUGGAAAAAUAACAUUCAAUCUCUUGGUGAAUAUCAGCUACUCAAAUCUUCAGCCUCACAUUACAGAACUGGCUAAAUUCAUAGCUGACGACUUAGAUAUUAAUCCUUCACAGGUCCAUUUAUUGAAUUUUACUCCCAUUGGAAAUGAUUCCCUCAUUAGAUGGGCCAUCUUUCCACCAGGGUCCAGUCACUAUAUUUCUAAUGCAACAGCUGCGAGUAUAAUUGCCCGAUUUGCUGAACACCGUGUGCGGCUUCCUGGUACCUUUGGAAGUUAUCAGUUAGUUGGAUGGAACAUUGAGCCUCUGGCAGAACGGACAUGGUGGCAGCAAAACCAUCUGGUGGUAUUUUUAACAAUUUUUGUUACAUUAAUUAUUGGAUUAUCAGCUUCUGGAAUGUGGUUUAUUUGGAGACACAGACAACAAAAGCUCAAUCCUUACAAGCCUGUCAAUGCAGCUGUUCCCGAGCAAGAACUGCAGCCAAUAUAGACAAUCUGGGAGCCGUCUUUGCAUGGUGAUUUAUGUUGGAUUCUGUUUCUAUUUGAACUUUUUGACUCACGCUGACUAAAGUCUGCAACCAUAGCAUUUUAGCUGACCGAGAUUCUUGUUAAGUAAAUCUGGCUAGAGAGGAAUAGGAACACACGUUUGUAAACAUUUUAAAUUUUUGGAUUAUCACUGAAGUUUUUAUGCGAUAUUGUAAUAUACAUUGAACCAAAAGCUUCCUCAAUAAAGCAAUUAUCAAAUUCUUUUAUCA